UAAGGAGUGGGAGUUAACUGGAGGACGGUCGGUUGGGUGGAAGGAUGGAAAGGCACAAAAAAACAGAAAGGAUGGCAGGGAAAUUAAGAUUGGAGUAGGGACUUGAAAUUAUGACUCAUGUAAUUGGCUGCUGAUGACUACGCUACAAACAUUCUGACAGACACAAAAACACACACUCUUCCUCACAACAAUCAUCACAGACAGCCAGACAGGACAAGACUGAGACAAAUGUACCUGAAAAGAUCAUUGCCGCCGUCUUCGUUCUCGAAAACCUAGAAAUAUUGUUCUCGUGCUGGCCAUCGGGGGAAUACAGCGCUUUGAUGGUGGUGUAGGACUGUGUAAUGGAAGCAACCUGCCCCCAUAACUCUCUCGCCUCGGAUCUCCGCCGACAGUAACGGAGCUGUCCACUAUGCAUUUGCACUAAAUACAGUGAAAGUAAACUGGUAAGAAGAGAAGAAAUGAGAAGAAAAUCGCUGGUUGCCUUCUCGGCAGUACUGUUCUGUCUGUGCCGCGCGACAAUCGUCUCCAACCGGACGAGCGGCGGCCGCGACGCGCAAACUUCAUCCACAUCAUCAGACAAGGGAAGCGAGAAGGACGUGGCUGUCUCCCCAAUCUCUGGCCAACAGCAUAUCUACAAUGUUGAUUAUUUCAGUAAGAAUGAAACAAUGGGCUCACCAAGGCGGCAGGGGGACUUCAGCCAUAGGAAUGGCACUUCCUCCAUCAAAACCAGCAGAGGCAAUACAGGCACCACUAUGAUAUUUGGCAGGCCAGACCAUGUUCAAGGUGGAACAGGGUGGGCCAUGGAUGGAGGAGUGGCACCAAUAUGUGCCUACCGGGUGAUGGAGGAGGGAAUCGGGGGGCGGCUGUGUUUUCGACACACACUGCUGGGGUUCAGGUGUCAUCGUGGAGACUGCCGGACUGUUCCAUCAGCAGGAGGGUCCCUGGUGGCCAACAUUUUGACCAACGGCAGCGUGCUACUACAGUGGACAUAUGAAGAUCUGAGGGGAGAGGCUCAAAGGACAAAUAAAGGAAACACAGCUGGACAUGACCUAGAUAAACAAGAGACAGAGACUAGAGGAACAAGUGUAGAGGGACAGAAAGGGGCCCCUGGGACAGGGCUUGGGGAAGAGAGCAGGUUUGUAACUGCCCCACCAAAGAGGGUAUUCGGUGGACGACGUGUCAGAAGGGGUGGGUUUGGGCUAAGCUGCUGGUGGAACGGGAGCUACACCCAGUUUGAGUGCGCUAACACCCAUCUUGGCUCUGGUUGCAGGGACUUCUUGCUGACUGAGCUGCAUGAGAACGUCCCUUACCGCAUCUGCCUGCAUCAGCUUGCCUCCACCCUGACCCCACAGCUCCACUCAGAAGGAGCAGGCCAGAGGGAGAACCUGUGGGACUGUGUGGAGUUCACUGUCUCACCCUUGGGCAUGCAGGACAUUGUGAUUGCCAUGACAACGGUGGGAGGAGCCAUCUGUGUGAUGCUGGUCAUCAUCUGCCUGCUGGUGGCGUACAUCACUGAGAACAUCAUGAGCCCCAUGACACAGCACUCACACUCCACAUACAACUCUUACCACUAAUGUCACUCACACAAACACGCACGCAUGUGUGUGCACACACACGUAACCUUAUUCAGCAAUAUCGCAGUCAUUUAUUUUAUUCUCACAUCUAAAUCAAUACACUAAAAACCCAUUUAUGUAACAUACUGUGGUUGAACACCCACACACACAUAAUACAAAUCUCACUCGGAUUCAGGGCAUUGCACCUUACACACUAGUAGAUCUGUAAGCUUGUGGAAGAAUGAUGAACUAAGCCUCACAACAGACCACCACACUUUCAAAUACUAUGAAAUACUGUUCAAAUGAUAGGGCUCAGAGAAUUCCGUUUGUGUGAGCAUUAAUUUGUGUGUUUAUUUUUCUCUUGUGUAUUUAUCUCAUUAGCCUUUAUGCUAGUAAUCAAAGUGCUCUGUAUUAGAGAUAGUAAGCUGCUAGUCAGUAGGCCUACCUAAGAGUGAAACAUGGUCUAUAGUUGAGCAAUAUUAUGAACCAGUAUUUAGAACGAUUCCUCUUUUUUGGGGUCCAGUUAUAUAUUUGCAGUAAUUACAUAUGUUCAGUGGUAAGUAAUAAGUUCAAGCACAUUAGGUAAUUGAAUUAAUGAUUUCUUACUUUUCACCUCAGAGAGGGUUAAUUUAAUUAAUGUCAACAAUGCACCCUCAGGCACCCAAGAAUGAUUCCUAUUUGCCUUACCUUCUCCUGGAUGUAGAGAUCUAUGUAUACUGAACAUCCCUGUUAGUGAGCAUUUCUCCUCUGCCAAAAUAAUCCAUCAUACUGACAGGUGAGGCAUAUCAAGAAGCUGAUUAAACAUCAUGAUCAUUACACUGGUCACACAACAAAA